UUCAGUUGCCUUCUUUUACACACAAGUCAAGCACACGAUAACUGAGCCGAGGAUUAUUGGAAAAAUUGUGAUAGUAACUCUUGUUUUUAUUUUUUCCUAUUUGUUUUUGCAAUGAUUUGCGCCUCGCGUCUGGUCGUAAUCAACUUGCCCAGUGUCUGGCCACCAUCGAGAACUAGUCGUUCGGAAAAGAGGGAUGCCAAAGAUGGCGGUCAGAAAACUGAACCAAAGGACUUCCAGCGACCUUUGCAGUUCCACACCAAAAGGGGCUAUAUCAAGUGGUUCAGCAGGCUGAGUCGCUGCCAGAGAGCUCGUAGCUUGUCGGGAAGAAUGCAACCCAGACUGUAGAAUCUCUAGUCAAUCCUGGAAUUAUAUCUGUUGCUUUUACUUUGAA